AUGGCGCGAAACCAAGCUACCAUCGUGAACGGUGUUGCAGCGGCUACCUUCAGCUUGGACGUCGAUGCGCUCGAUGAUCCCGAUAACGUGUUCGUCAAGCACUGCACAGGCAUAUUCAAGGGCAGCCUCGCGGUACUAGAGCAACGGCGCAAGCAGAAUCGAAAGCCAGGAGAGUCGGAUGAGCUCGAUUCCUGGUUGGAGAGAGCGAAUCCACAAUUCACGGACGACAUGCUAAUUUCACAGAUGUUUGCGUUUUUCAUUGCUGGCCUCGAGACUUCGUCCUACACAUUGAUGUUCACAACGUACCUCUUGGCUACACAUCCUCGGAAGCAGGAAGAGAUUUUCAAAGAUAAUAUUGAGAUCAUUACUGAUCCAGAAAAUGUGACAUUCGAAGACUAUCACAAGUUGACGCUCGCCGAGGCUGCCAUUUGGGAAACCUUGAGAUCCGGGGGUUUCGUUGGACAAAGGUGUAGCCAUUCAGAUUCCGAAGAGCUCUGUCAACCGAGAUCCGGCGCGUUUCCAGGAACCGACGCUGUUCAGGCCUGGAAGAUUCUUGGACGGGAGUGA